AUGGCAGAGCAGCUGAGAGCCCAUCGCAAGAGCCGCACCAGGUUCACACAGCACCAGCUACAGGAGCUGAGAGCCGCCUUCAAACACACCCAGCACCCCAAGUGGGACGAGGUGCAGGAGCUGGCCUCCAGGCUGCAGCUGGACGAGAUCGAGGUGAAGGUUUGGUUUAAAAACCAGAAGGCCAAGCUGAAGAAACAGCAGCAAGCCGGGAAGCCACCUGUGUGCCCAUCAGCCUCAUGUCGCCAGGCCGCUCAUGGGGCGCAGGUGCCCGGGGCCGCCCUCCUCAGCCCUCAGCAGCCUUUCAGAGGCGAGGCCCACCAAGGGCCAGAGGAGCCCCAGGAAUUUCCAGCGCCUACCAGCGCUGGACUCAGUUUCCCAUGGGCUGUUCAGCCCCUGGAAAGUUUGGAGGUAUCCUGGACAGCGCCCCUUCCCUACAGCACAGAAGAGCUUGCCCGGGUCUAUGGCGUGUCUGGGGAUGAAGACCCCUCCAGCCUGGACAAGUAUCUUCUUGGGAAACCUGCACUGCCAGACCAGCACAGCCCCAAACCCCAGGACAACAUCUCCAUGCUUCAGCUCUGA